AGGAAGAGAAGGAAGAGAAGAAGGACAAGGAGGAGGAAGUUCCUCAAGAAGAAGGAGAAGGAGGAGGACAAGAAGCUCAAGGAGAAGAACAAGGAGGAGGACAAGGAACUCAAGGAGGACAAGGAGAAGAAAGAGGAAGAGAAGGAAGAGAAGAAGGACAAGUAGGAGGAAGUCAAGGAGGAGGACAAGGAGGAGGACAAGAAGCUCAAGGAGAAGAACAAGAAGAACAACAAGGAGGACAAGGAGAAGGACAAAGAGAAGAAGAAGGAGCUCAAGGAAGACAAGGAGAACAAAGAGAAGAACAGGAAGGACAAGAAGAAGGACAAAGAGGCCAAGGAGAAGAACAAGGCCCUCAAGAAGACGAAGGAGGAGGAGAAGAAGAAGAAAGUCAAGAAGAAAAACAAGGCGAAGAACAAGCAGAAAAAUAAGGAGAAGAUCAAGGAGAAAAAUAAGGAGCUCAAGGAGAAGAAUAAGGAGCUCAAGGAGAAGAAUAGAGAGGAGGACAAGGACAAGAAACUCAAGGAGAAGAACAAGGAGGAAGAGAAGGAAGAGAAGAAGGACAAGGGAGAGGACAAGAAGCUCAAGGAGAAGGAAGUCAAGAAGAAGAACAAGGAGAAGAACAAGAAGCUCAAGGAAAAGGAGAAGGACAAGGAGAAGAACACUCAAGGAGGACAAGGAGCUCAAGAAGAAGAAGAAGAA